AUGCCCUCGGCGUCGCGCACGCCGUCGGGCCCCAUCGCGUCGCAGUCGCUCAUCAUGAACAAGCGCGCCGCCCACAAGGACUCGCUCUACUACAUCGCCCUGCGUCUUCUCGACAGGCUGGCCAAGGUGCCGGGAAUGGCCCCCUAUCUCGAGCUGGCGUACUCGGUGGCCGAGGACUGCGCCGAGCAGCAGGCGUACGCGCUCAGCAGCCGCAGCAACCAGCGCCGCUCCAGCUCGCACGCCCGCUCGUCGGACUCGCUGCUCAGCUACUGGGACAGCACACUGUUCACGUUCAGCGCAGGCAUUCUCCCCGCGCAAACGAGCCACGACCCGGUCACGCCGCUGCUCAAGCUGUUCCAGCAGGGUGCGCCGCUGUGUCUGAUCUUCAACUGUCUGAGCCCGGAAAACAAGAUCGAGCUGGUGCUGUCGGACGACAUCAAGGUGUGCAAGAUGAGCGUGUACAAAUUUCUGAGUGCGUGCAAACAGCACCUCAACAUCCGCGACGACGAGCUGUUCUCCAUCACGAGCGUGUUUUCGGAUGACACCAACCACCUGCUGCAGGUGAUUGCGGCGGUGAACCUGGUGCUGGACUUCGAGCCCAAGUUCGACGCCGCGGCCGUGCCCGACCAGGUGCACGUGGACGACGCGCGGUCGCGCGUGGUGCGCGAGAUCGUCGAGACCGAGCGCAAGUACGUGCAGGACCUGGAGAUCCUGCACCAGUUCCGCGCAGAGCUGAUCAGAGCGGAGCUCAUUUCGAGCGAGAACAUCAACCUGCUGUUCCCCAACUUGCCCGAGAUUGUGGACUUCCAGCGCCGGUUUCUGGUGGGGCUCGAGUGCAACGCGGCGGUGCCGGGCAAGUACCAGCGCAUCGGGUCGGUGUUCCUGCACCCGGGCGCACAGGGGUUCCGCAUCUACGAGCCCUGGUCGCUGUACCAGACCACGGCCGUGGACUUUGUGAACCGCGAGGCGGCGAAUCUGCAGCGCUCGUCGUCGCUCAUCAACAGCCCCUACGAGCUGCAGAGCUUUCUGAUCAAGCCCGUGCAGCGGCUGUGCAAGUACCCGUUGCUGCUGCAGGAGCUCGUCCGUCUGACGGACCCGUCGUGGCCCAACUACUCGGAGCUGCAUCUCGCUCUGCUGAGCUCCAAAGAGGUCGCCAACAAGAUCAACGAGUCGCAGCGAAAGUCGGAGAACAUCCAGCUCACCAAGGAGCUGCACGACCGCGUCGUCGACUGGAAGGGCUACUCGCUCGCGAACGCGGGCGAGCUGCUGCACGCGAACCAGGUCACCGUCAAGGACCUGCUCACGGACGGCCACUCGUCCGAAAAAGAGGUGCACUGCUACCUUUUCGAGAAGAUGGUGUUUUUUUUCAAGGAGGCCGGCCACAAGAACCGGCUCGCGCAGAAACUCAAGGCCAGCUCGGGGCCCGCGGUGCAGAACCCGCCGCUCUCGCUCAGCGGGAUCGUCUACAUCAACAAGAUCUACAGGUGCACGCCGUCCGAUAGCUCCAAACACUUUGGUAGCACCGGCCAUUUUCUCACGCUCAGAUGGCGCGGCAGCCGCGACACCGGCGGCUGCGUGAUCCGGUUCCGGCUCGAGGAGCAGCUCGCGCAGUGGGAGACCGCCAUCAGACGGCUGUCCAGCGAGGACGACUACUUUGCGCGGCGCUCGAGCUCGCCGUCGCACUCCGAAGAGCUCUCGAACCGCGUGUCCGCGCAGACGCGCUCGUCGUCCACGUCGUCGGACCACUCGUCGUACUUCUUCCCGAAGCCGCGCACCGUGAGCUCCUCCACGGCCACCACGGCGCCGCACCCGGCAGCAGACAAGAAGCUGCGGUCCGUGUCGUCGCCGGUGACGAGCAGCGACCGCACGGCGCCGCUCCAUCCGGCGUUUGCGGCGCUGUCGCUGUCGCAGCCGCAAAAAGUGCACAUCAAGCUGAUCUACAACACGUCCGCGGUGCAUCUGUCGGUGAACGCGAACGUGGCGUUUUCCGAGCUCGUCGACACGCUCGUGUACAAGCUGAACCACUCGUUCGGGUCGUCUGCGGACGGCGACCGCACGUUCGCCGCCGACAACUCCAAGUUCCGGUACAGAGACGAGGACGGUGAGUUUGUGCGGUUCCAGAGCCACGCCGACUGGCAGAUGGCCAAGGAGAUGCUGGACGAGAUCGAGGACGAGGAGGAGCGGAUCCUCAACAUCGCCGUGCAGCGGGCGGGCGUGUAG